AUGGAAAGCCGCGCAUCUGACGAGCAAGUUACCAUCAAUAAUGCUGUCUUCGUACGUCAAGAUGGCAACGCCAACGACAACUGGGAUACUAUUACCAGCGUUAGCCUCAGCCUGACCACUCCAUCCGGCUCUGUCAACUGCAACGCAAGCAGCUUCCCGGAUCCAUCUGUCCCAUCCAACGUGUACCCAUGUGCCGACUCCACAUACUCCUUCCAGAUUAGUAGCCGUCCCGGUUAUGAUCUCUACGCCAUCACUGUCACCCAUAAGGUCUCGGACAGCGUCACUUUAACCGGCACUGCCAACGUUGGCUGCAACGGCCCUAUCCCUAUGUCCUGCUCUCAGGUUGGCUCUAGGCAGGCUACCCUUACUGCUGCUUAA